AUGGAAGGAAAUUCAAAAGGUGAGAAAUCACCAGAAUAUAUUCUAACAGAUCUUUCUUCAAAUAAAGAUAAUAUUUCAUUUCAACGUAGUGAUGAUGGACAUUUAGAAGAAUCAAAAAAUGGUCUAGUUAAUAGAUUUGUUGAUUCUUUUAGAAGAGCAAAAGAUCAACCGGGUGAAGAUGAAACUAAUGAUUUAGAAGAUGGUGUUCAAAGUCUCGCGUCAAAUACUCAAAUGAAAAAAGCUAUGAAAUCUCGUCAUGUUGUUAUGAUGUCUCUUGGGACAGGUAUUGGUACUGGUUUAUUGGUUGCAAAUGCUUCAUCUUUAUCAAAAUCUGGUCCUGCUCCUUUAGUUAUUUCUUAUGGUUUAGUUUCAUUUGUUACAUAUUUCAUGAUUCAAGCAGCAGGUGAAAUGGCUGUUACUUAUCCAACUUUACCAGGUAAUUUCAACGCUUAUCAAUCAAUUUUCAUUUCAAAACCUUAUGGUUUUGCAACAGUUUGGUUAUUUUGUAUUCAAUGGAUUACAGUUUUACCAUUAGAAUUAAUUACAACAUCAUUAACAAUUAAAUAUUGGAAUGAUAAAAUAUCACCUGCAGUAUUUGUGGUAAUAUUUUAUAUUUUCUUACUAUUUAUUCAUUUCUUUGGUGUUAGAGCAUACGGUGAAGCAGAAUUUAUAUUUAAUUCAUGCAAAAUUUUAAUGGUUUGUGGAUUUAUUAUAUUUUCAAUUGUUUUAAAUUGUGGUGGUGCAGGUGAUUCAGGUUAUAUUGGUGGUAAAUAUUGGCAUGAUCCAGGUGCUUUUACUUCUCAUACGAAUAUUGGUAGAUUUAAAGGUGUUUGUUACGUUCUUGUAACAGCUUAUUUCUCUUAUGGUGGUACAGAAUUAUAUGUUUUAUCAGUCAAUGAACAAGAAAAUCCAAGAAAAUCAACUCCUGCUGCUGCAAAACAAUCAAUUUAUCGUAUUUUAAUUAUUUAUUUAUUAACAAUGAUUUUAAUCGGGUUUAAUGUUCCACAUGAUUCUGAUCAAUUAAUGGGUGCAGGUGGUUCAGCAACUCAUGCUUCUCCUUAUGUUCUUGCUGCUUCAAUUCAUCAUGUUAAAAUUGUUCCACAUCUUAUUAAUGCAGUCAUUUUAAUUUCUGUUGUAUCUGUCGCCAAUUCUGCUUUAUAUGCAGCUCCAAGAUUGUUAUGUUCUUUAGCUAAACAAGGUUACGCUCCAAAAUACUUAGAUUAUGUUGAUCGUGAAGGUAGACCAUUAAGAGCUUUAUGUGCAUGUGCAGUCUUUGGUGUUAUUGGGUUUGCUGCAGCAUCUCAACAAGAAGAACAAGUUUUCACUUGGUUAGCUGCUAUUGCAGGUCUUUCAGAACUGUUUACAUGGUCAGGUAUCUUAUUAUCUCAUUAUAGAUUUAGAUGUGCUAUGGAAGUUCAAGGUAGAGAUCUUUCAGAAUUGGGUUAUAAAUCAACUGUUGGUAAAUGGGGGUCAUUAUAUGGUGUAUUUUUCAAUAUUCUUGUGUAUAUUGCACAAUUUUGGGUCGCUAUAUCUCCACCUGGUUCAACCGAAAUUACUGCAGAAGCAUUCUUUGAAAGUUAUUUAGCUUUACCAAUUUGGCUUGCUAGUUAUUUUGGUUAUAUGAUCUAUAAACGUGAUUUCACAUUUUUAACGCCAUUAGAUAAAAUUGACUUAGACAAUCAUAGAAGAAUUUAUGAUCCAGAUUUCUUAAGACAAGAAGAUGAAGAAAAUAAAGAAAGAUUAAAGAAUGCAGGUAGAUGGACAAGAAUACUAGAUUGGUGGUGUUAA